CGAGAGCGAGGGCUGGUAAGGAGAAACAAAUAGUGAGCGCAUGUGAUUGAACAGAGGCAGUCACACGAGGGAGAGAUAGAGCAGAGAGGAGAGAGGAGAGGAGAGAGAGAACGGGGGAGGACAGAGAGAGAGAGAGGAAGGAGUGAGGGCAGUGGAGCAGAUAGGGAGAAAGGGAUAAGGAGACUGAGGAGAAGAGGAUUGGAGCCAGAAUAAAGGAGGAGAGAGGAGAAGAACGGAAAGGGUGUGGAGGAGAGGAAGAGGGGACACAAGGCUAGAAGAAAUAGAAGCCAGGAAAAGAGGAGUACAACUGAGAAAAAAAGAAAAGAAGACAGGAACUUAGUAGUGUGGUUGUGUUGUGACUGCGGGCUUUUGUUUGUUGUGGGCUUCCGGAACUCUGCAAACAGAAGGAUCACCAUGGAGCUCGGAACCUUCACCAUGGAGCUCGGAACCUUGACUGCCAGCCUCAACCAGCACCUCCGGAGACUACCCCUGUCGUUGCUGCUGCUUCUCCCAGCGACGCUGCUCCUCUCUGGGCAUGGGGCGCACGCCGCGCACACCUCAGACUUCCAGCACCACCGCUACGAGGAGAUGGUGCGCGCUCUGUACGCCGUGCAGGCAGACUGUCCCUACGUCACGCGCAUCUACAGCAUCGGACGCAGCAUUCAGGGAAGACACCUCUACGUCCUGGAGUUCAGCGACAACCCCGGCGUACAUGAAGCAUUGGAGCCGGAGUUUAAGUAUGUGGGCAACAUGCACGGUAACGAGGUGCUGGGUCGCGAGCUCCUGAUCCAAUUGGGCCAGUUCCUGUGUGAGGAGUACCGGGCGGGAAACGAGCGAAUCACGCGACUCAUCCACGACACGCGCAUACACAUCCUGCCCUCCAUGAACCCCGACGGGUACGAGACCGCCGCCCAGCAGGGCCCGGAGUUUAAUGGCUACUUGGUGGGCCGUGGGAACUUCAGGGAAGUGGACCUGAACAGGAACUUCCCCGACCUCAACGCCCUCCUCUACUACUAUGAGAAGAGCAACGGCCGCAACCACCACCUACCACUGCCUGAUAACUGGGAGGAACAGGUGGAGCCAGAGACGCGUGCGGUGAUUAUGUGGAUGCAGAGCUACAACUUCAUCCUGUCGGCUAAUCUGCACGGCGGUGCGGUAGUGGCUAACUAUCCCUUCGACAAGUCACGAGAGAUUCGCAUCCGCGGCAAGACCACCUACUCCGCAACGCCCGACGACAAGCUGUUCAAAAAGCUGGCCAAGACGUACUCCUACGCCCACAGCUGGAUGCAUAAAGGCUGGAACUGUGGAGAUUACUUCGAGGAAGGCAUCACCAACGGAGCACGGUGGUAUUCACUAUCUAAAGGAAUGCAGGACUUUAACUAUCUCUACACCAACUGUUACGAAAUCACCCUGGAGCUGAGUUGUGAUAAGUUCCCGCCGGCGUCCGUGCUGCCCAGGGAGUGGAUGGCCAACCGGGAGGCGCUCAUCUCCUACAUGGAGCAGGUGCACCACGGUGUAAAGGGGAUGGUCUACGAUGACAACAACAACCCCCUUGGCAACGCCGUGAUCGCCGUGGCAGGAGUUAACCAUGACGUCACCAGUGGUGUGGAGGGUGAUUACUUUAGGCUGCUGUUGCCAGGCACCUACACCCUAACGGUGUCCGCCCCCGGAUACCAGCCGUCAACCAAGCAGGUGACAGUGGGGCCUGCAGAAGCCAUAUUGAUAAACUUCACGUUGAAAGCGGCACCCAAAGAAACCAUCCCAAAGCCCAAGGGCCAGAGCAGCAAGAAGAGUCCGACUACAGCCAAAGUGUCUCCAGCCAAUCCCGGACCUCGAUGAGUCAGGACCAGCCAAUCCCGGCCCUCGAUGAGUCAAGGCCGAUGAGAAAAGCAACAAAAAUAUGGACUCAUGGAUCCUUUCUACCUAGCUCCACCCAUCCUUUCCUGUUGCUUAUGGUCUUAUCAUAUAAGGCUCCAUAUCGUUGAUGAUUGAAGAUUUAGUCAAUAUCUCACAAAAGCACAAUUUAAAGGUGAUUAUCUAAUUUGCAAUUGGGGUGUUGAAUGGGUAAAAGCCCCUCAAAGGUGUUAGGUGCCUUUGUUUUUUCCAGAGAGGUUUGCGAAACUGAAGCAGAAGCAACAAGAAAAGACGGGAGGAACUAGUUUGGAAAGCGCCCUCUCUCCUCAACUCACAUCCCUUUACACUCCCAAAACAUGUCUUUGGGAUUGGUCAUAUCAAUAUAUUAUAUUAUAUUUUAUUGUUCUGUCUAAACUUUGGUUGUUUGUGUAUAGCAGUAUAGCAGUUUUUUGUUUUGUUUUAAAACAAUCAAGUCUUCAAUAUUUAUGUGCUACUAAAGAGAGAAAGGAGGAAAGAAAAAAAAGAAACAAAAAAUGAAAAGAUGAAAGUUCUGAAGUGAAAGAUAUGAAUUGUUUUGUAAAUUUGUCAAACAAAUUGUCUUUGAUUACUUUGAAUCUCAGUUUUGGUUUGUCCAAUGGUCCAUCCUAUCAAGGUCCUGGUGCUGUCACCAAGCACUGCAGUAGGGGAUGUACUUGGCUUGGACUGCAUCAACAACACCUGCCAGUUUCACCCAACACAGUCUCAUCCCAACUCGUCAAUUUCUGACCUCCUUUGACCAGACAGUAAUUUUUGACGUUGAGAUCAUACCCGCCACGCCACAUGUUGACUAAGUGGCCUAAACCUAGACCUUUCCCUAACCCUAAACGUCAGUGAAUUUAUGCUGCCACAAGGGGGCGCCUUUGACACACACGUCACAUUUUGAGUCAAAGGGCAUACCUUUAGUCGUUAAAGACUGCAGUCUGGCCAAAGGAAGUCAGAAAUUGACGAGUUGGGAUGAUGCAUCAUAUCUACAGUACAUCAGUGAAACCAUCCCUUUAAACGCACUAUGGCAGUAACAAGUUGCUGAAUGUAUUUUUCAUCAUACUGUAUUUAGCAAAUCUUGCAGUCUUCAUCCAAAUUCAAUUGUUCAUCAAGUUUGUACAUGCAGUUGUAGAUUUUCAAUUGCACCACCAUCUAUUUUGAUGACGAUGGUGAGUAGAGUUGAAGGCGUGGGGAAAUGACAUCAGGGCUUUCAAACUUCAGAUCCGUGCUGUUGUGCUCAUGUACGGUAUGGGGCAUUCCUCUGUUUUUCUCAGAUAAAGGUGUCAGUCCCAUCGUGUUCGGAGAGUGUAGGGGAUGAAAGGAAUAAAUAUCAGGGCUGCAGACUUAGGAUCCGUGCUGGCGUUGGGAGUCACCAUCUUGGACUGGUGUCCUGUUUUUCAUAGAUGUUGUGUUACCACCACCUACAGGAUAACGUGUGUAUCGCCUUGUCACUAAUCGAUGGCAGCGUUAUGCCGGCCAAACAUGGCGCCGAUCUGACUUGAGACAUUCGUUCCAAUACAAAGGAGCGAUCAAUGCAGCCACCUGGUGGUCAUAUCUAUGUGACUGACCUGUUCAUCUGAGAAGACCCAAACAGGGGCCUCAUGGACAAAGACGUCCAUAGAUUUUCUAUUGAAUCUAUUGAAGUGAAAAUCUGAAAAUAUGCAUUUGCCCCCAACAUUUCAAAAGUAGGCUAUCAGCCCAUGCAUAAACAGGUUUGCAAGUUGAUUCAUUUGCUAUUUCUGAUUUCAGAUGCAAUUGUAGUCAGUUAUAGUACAUCUGAAAAUUUGCAUGAAAAGGUACUCACAGAGCUUUUCUGUGUGUAUGGAAGUUUUGUACAUGAGGCCCCAUAUCUUUGUAGAUCACCUGAAGGUUAUUAAAUACUCAGGACAUCGUGGGAGGGUGGUUGUUGCCUGGUUACCACCAGACCUAAUCACAAGUGAGAUUAGGUCUGGAGACCUGCCUUGGAGACCUGCCUACUGUAAAUCCUGUAGGGGGUACUGUGGUUUACCACUGGUGACGGCUGUUUAUUGGGCAGCCUUACAAAUGUGUCUCAUUUGGCAUACGUAGCCCAUAGCUGAUCGUGUCCGUUGUAUCUAUUCAAACAAACUGCAAUCAUUGCCUUUCCACGCAUCCCUGCUGUCUGAUUGGAGACCACGAUCAGGAGCCCUCGCAGAGGGAUAGAUUCCAUGCCGUCUUUCAGAUCGGAACGAUUGUGCAAAGCAGCAUGGGAUUUCCCAGGCUAGGGUGGCUGCACACAGAGGCGACUCUAGGUUCAGCGGGGGCCCCGAGCAAAUGUUCAAGGAAGUGAACAUUUGAAAGGAAUUUGCCACUACUGAGCUGUUAUUCACCAUCCAGGGGCUUGGGGCCCCAAGCGGCUGCCUGCCUAGCCAGAUGACAAGGUGCGCCUCUGGCUGCACACCUGGGACCUGAACUUGACACCUGCUUAUCUGAGCAGUACUUGAAAAUCAUCUAAAGCCGAGCACUUAUGUGUGAAUGUAAAAGCCUUCAGUGCAUGCCUCAACUGACUUGAUUUACGGUAGGGACACAUAGACGCGAAUUUGACCAAGUGAAGUGAACUUCGCCAUUCAUUCAUACAAGGGAGGCGAAAGCAAGCGAACAGGGGUGAAGCGAAGCGAAAUUAUUAAACCAAGUUCAAUAUUAUGCAAAUGAGGAGCGAAUUCCGCCUACGGCAGCCAAUCAAAUCAACAACACUAGUGUUCUACUCCAUUUGAUUCGCCGCGACGACCUGAUGAUGGUCGAGCUGUCAAAAUGCUCUGCUAUGUGUCCCUAGCGUUAGAUUUGUUACAUGUUUUUACAUAUCUCCACAAAUCCCCUCACACUCUGAAAUGGUGCUCUGUUUUUUUAUUAAAAUGUGGAUUUAUAUUAGCAGUUGAUUAAGGAGUAUGUUCAUAGUGAUGGAAUUUGAACACUUUGCAAUUGUUAUGUCUGUGUAAUGAAAGAAUAUAAAUAUCUAUAUUACAUACACUUGA